GCUCCCUCCCCCGUCCUCACUGCGCAAGCGCGGGCCGCGAGCGUGGAGCAUCUCGAGACAGCCGGGCUGCGGGCUGCGGAGCGUGCGGGUUUGCGGCCUGCGUUCGGCUAGCUCCAGCGGCUCAUAGGCGGAGGUAACGAGGCGCAGCAAGCCGAGCCUCCCCGCUCCCGGGACAGCGUGGGCCAUGGAGACUCAAGUGCUGACGCCGCACGUCUACUGGGCUCAGCGACACCGCGAGCUGUAUCUGCGCGUGGAGCUGAGUGACGUGCAGAACCCUGCUAUCAGCAUCUCAGAAAAUGUGCUGCAUUUCAAAGCUCAGGGACACGGUGCCAAAGGAGACAAUGUCUAUGAAUUUCACCUGGAGUUCUUAGACCUCGUGAAGCCAGAGCCGGCAUACAGGCUGACCCAGAGGCAGGUGAACAUCACAGUCCAGAAGAAGGGGAGUCAUUGGUGGGAGAGGCUCACCAAGCAGGAGAAGCGCCCACUGUUUUUGGCCCCUGACUUUGAUCGCUGGCUGGAUGAAUCUGAUGCAGAAAUGGAGCUGAGAGCCAAGGAGGAAGAACGCCUAAAUAAACUCAGACUAGAAAGCGAAGGCUCCCCUGAAACUCUUACGAACUUGAAGAAAGGGUACCUGUUCAUGUACAACCUCGUGCAGCUCCUGGGCUUCUCCUGGAUCUUUGUCAACCUCACAGUGCGGUUCUUUAUUUUAGGAAAAGAGUCCUUCUAUGACACGUUCCACACCGUGGCUGACAUGAUGUAUUUCUGCCAGAUGCUGGCACUAGUGGAAACCCUCAAUGCCGCAAUUGGGGUAACGAAUUCCCCGGUGCUGCCUGCUCUCAUCCAGUUUCUUGGAAGAAAUUUUAUUCUGUUUCUCGUUUUCGGCACCAUGGAAGAAAUGCAGAACAAAGCCGUGGUUUUCUUUGUGUUUUACUCAUGGAGCGCAAUUGAAAUUUUCAGGUACCCCUUCUACAUGCUGUCCUGCAUUGACAUGGACUGGAAGGUGCUUACGUGGCUUCGGUACACCAUGUGGAUUCCCUUAUACCCCCUGGGAUGUCUGUCAGAAGCUGUCGCAGUGAUCCAGUCUAUUCCAGUAUUCAACGAGUCAGGAAGGUUCAGUUUUACUUUGCCAUAUCCAUUGAAGAUGAAAGUCAGAUUCUCCUUCUUCCUUCAAGUUUAUCUUGUAAUGUUAUUUUUAGGGUUAUAUAUUAACUUCCGUCACCUUUAUAAACAGCGCAGACGGCGGUAUGGACAAAAAAAGAAAAAACUCCACUAAGGAUAAAUUUGGUAGCUUCGUUUGAGCGGAAUCUGAUUCUUACUAUUUUACCUUCUUGUACUGAUGUAAGGGUUUUUUGUUUUGUUUUGUUUUUUAAAGUAAGGCUGUCUCUUUCCCCAGUAACAUUCCUGAAUUUACCUCUGUUACCUUAGUGCUGUACUUGCAUGACAUGGAUGUCGGUACCUGACGACAAGUCCCUUCUUAGGUAUUUAAUGACAAAGGUGGCCCUCCUCAUGUCUGUGCUCUUCCCUACAGUCAUUGUCUGUCUUCACAGUUAGGGCUUGGUCUUUCUGCUACUGCUUGUGAAAACCAAAAAAAACAAGACUACAUUUUCCAUUGUCAAGUGACCCGGUAUGUUUUAUAACCAAGCCGACACUUGUGUAGUGGGAUAGCACUGACUGUUUAAAAAUUGGGUACACAUGGUCACUGACAUUUUUUGAGUCAGAGCAGGGCUGGAAAACACUUUCUAUUUGAUGUCUUUUGGCUAAAGACAUCCAUUACUUUAGCACUUAGCAGGCAUCAAAAGAGGCAGAGUGAUUUAGAGAAAGCAAUCAGAACCUGGGAGCACCAUGACUCCUUCAUUCCUAGCUAAAUCAGAACUGCCUGCAACACUGGAGAAGGGAACAUUACUUGCAGAACAGAUUGUAAGUCCCAAUGUGAAUGGCUGCCGGGGUCAGAGGGAACAGGGAUGCAGGAGCCAGGCUGGAAUCAGCUGUGGUAAUGAUGCCGGCCCGUGGCCAGCACAGACACUGAAGUAGGCCAGACACACUUUCACGCUGUCUUGGGCUACACACACACACACACACACACACACACACACACACACACACACACUCUCUCUCAAUCUAUAAUUCUUGGGCUAGCUCAGUCCAUUUACUUGUGUAUUUCUCUGAGUGACUGGUGAGACUACUCUUUUGAACUAUUUUUCCUUGUUAUUAGUUGGGUUUUUUCCCCCCCUUUUUGUUUGUUUUUUAAGAUAGGGUUUUUCUGUAUAGCUUUGGCUUUCCUAGAACUCUCUCUGUAGACCAGGCUGGCCUUGAACACACAGAGCCUCUGCCUCCUGAGUGCUGGGAUUAAAGUCCAGAGCCACCAGAGCCGGUUUUGUUUUGUUUUUGGUAAAAACUGUAUGCAGUAGGAACCUGAGCUUGCAAAUCACCAGGAUUCCUGCAGGGAGCUCCCCAAAAGAGGAACUGGUUCAGAAUACAGAUCUUAGGGGCCACUGUACAAGAAAUCUCGAGUCUCUUCACCACAUUCCAUGUAAACCAAGUGGUGAAGUGACACGAGAAAAAAGAGCUCGAGGGUGGACGCUCCCAUCUUGUGUGGUUGAAAUGAGCCCAGAGUGGAUUAGCACUAAACUGGCUGCUUUGACACACCUCAUCUCACCCAAGUAUUUUCCAGGUCUGCAGCUUCUGUCAACGGUUGUUGUGUCACCUUCUGGCGCUCCUUCCACUGACUGUGGGGCAAACCUAGCAGUUCAGCUUUGCAGUCAGCUAUGCCGUAUCCCUGUGCAAAACCCCAUGUUCUAGUUGCUGUUAGGACCCCCUCUGUUGCUGUCUGAGAAAGUGAAAGAUUGUGUAUUUCUAUUAAAACAUUUACAGUCAAAAUCCUAA